AUGCCAAACCAACAGAAGAAAGUCGUUUUUUGCACAGCUGGGGUGCUAAGCUUCGUGUGCGCCCUCGGAGUGGUGACAGCCCUGGGGACACCGUUGUGGAUCAAAGCCACCUUCCUGUGCAAAACGGGGGCUCUGCUGGUCAAUGCCUCUGGGCAGGAGCUGGACAAGUUCAUGGGUGAAAUGCAGUACGGGCUUUUCCACGGAGAGGGCGUCAGGCAGUGCGGGUUGGGAGCCAGGCCCUUUCGGUUCUCACUUUUCCCAGAUUUGCUCAAAGUGAUCCCCGUGAGCAUCCAUGUCAACGUCAUCCUCUUUUCUACGAUCCUGGUUGUUUUAACCAUGGUGGGAACAGCCUUCUUCAUGUACAAUGCUUUUGGCAAGCCCUUUGAAACCCUGCAUGGUCCACUAGGGUUGUAUCUUUUGAGCUUCAUUUCAGGCUCCUGCGGCUGUCUGGUCAUGAUACUGUUCGCCUCCGAAGUGAAAAUCCACCACCUCUCAGAAAAAAUUGCAAAUUAUAAAGAAGGGACUUACGCCUACAAAACGCAAAGUGAAAAAUACACCGCUUCGUUCUGGGUUGUUUUCAUCUGCUUUCUUGUUCACCUGUUGAACGGGCUCCUGAUACGACUUGCUGGAUUUCAGUUUCCUUUUGCAAAAUCGAAGGACACGGAGACAACUAAUGUGGCUGCGGAUCUAAUGUACUGA